AUGGGAACUUCUUCGGUGGAGUUUUGUUUCCCAUCUGCAGAACAAUUAGAUACGAAACAAGUGCGAUUGGUCUUCGAUUGGGUCGAGAGAAUGAGGCAUCUGGAGAUGGAAGAAGAGGUUGGAGAGGAGGAGACAGAAAUCGAUCGACGCAAAGAAAGAGAGAAGUUGGUGUGGGUUCGAUUGGUUGAUAUGAAGAGGGAAGCAUCUUCCCUGAAGAAAGAGAUUAAAUCUCUUGAAUCAAAGAUGAAAAAACUGGAGGAUCAGGCCGAGGCUGCUACCAAGGCCCAGCAGAUGGCCGAAGAGAAAGCGGAGUCUGCUGAGGCUAUCCGAAAAGUAGCUGAAGCUGAGAAGAAAGACGCCGAAGUAAAAAAGGCCCAGGCUGAGAAGGAGCUCCAGCAGGCUUUGGCCACCAAGGAGGCCGAAGUCAAAGAGGCUGAUGAAAAGGCCUAUGCCUAG